UCCUAAUAAAUAAAGACACGUGUAUUAAUCACAUCAUUACCACAUAUCGUGGAGAUAAGCGUAUGAAUAAAGCACAACAACGAGAUCUGCGUCGUCAGCACAAGUACACUAUGUCGUGUUGGAAUGUGAAGGAUAGUAUCCUUGAAAAGCCACUGAUCGAGACCCAAAAGCGAACUUUUAGGAAUCCAGGAGAAGUGAUGGAUGCUGUGCGACGUUUGGCCAACACAGUCAAACACCUGCGACGCACCCUACCCAUCACUGAGGAGGUGUCUGUGUUUCAACGGCUCAUAAGGCGAAAUAAGAAACAACAAAAGCACAGCAUGUUCUACGCCAAACUGGCCCAGAUCUCCCGGCUGCUUAAGACGAUGCAAAGCUACGACUGCGCACCCGCACUCUCGGCCAUGAUGGCAGAAGUUCCAAGUAUCAAGCAGAUGCGAGAUGCGACGGCCAAGACAGCCAUGUCUCUGCCUACACGCACCACUGUAGAGAGGAUCGAUGCACGGGUGACAGCUGAGGCACAUGUGUGCAACGAGGUCAUCAGCCGUAUCGUCAACGCUGCUGGGCUACUGCUCAACCAGCUAGCCUCGGCCGAGUUUCCUGCGCUAAGCAUCACCUUCCUGGGUGUCCUUGGUCGCAUACGCACCCUCCUCAGCGCUCGUCAGGAAGAUCUGAUUCAGUGCGUGAGCAUUCUACAGCUACUGUGUGACCCUCCCGGUGAGCCAAUCCCCCAUAUGUCGGCUUCAAAGGAACCAGGUAGUAGGGAUGAGUGCCUGUCAAUGUGUGUUUGUCUGUGUGUGCGGGGUAUGCGGCGGCUGGUAAUGGACAAGGACGAUACAGGCACACAGACCAAACCAGCACCAAACUUGAAGCACGGCUCUGUUGUGCGAACGGACACGAGUGCAGGCAAGCAAAGCAAGAGCAAGUCACUCACCUCUGGUAGCCAAACAAGCGCCCUCAAUAUAUCAGAAAGGUUGAAACCAUCGCAAUCUGUAGACACUGAAUAUUCGGAUGUGGACGGGAUGAUUGCCAUGGAUGCGGUUGAAGGUGAUAAUGAUGAUACUAUCAGCAAUAUAGCAAGCGACGAUGGAGAGGAGGGUGGGCCGAAUCUGAUGUUGCCUACAACAGCGGAUCGGUUCUGGCUUGGGGGAAAGCUCGAAUCACAGACUGAUAACCAAGACACUCAUGCAGACGCAACGGAUCGUGUUGUGGAUUGUGUGGAGGGUGAAGAUUCGUUCCAGGGUGAAAAAGUACAAGAUGCAGAUCUGAUUGUAGAUGGGAAUUUGCCGAGAAACAAUUUGGACAUUGCAGUGAAGCCGGGUAAGAAAGAUAAAGCGUUAAAUCAGGAUAGAAAAUCAAGUACGAUGAAAAUAGGUGAAAGCACUUCGGAUGAUGUUGCGAAUGUCGGUAAGAGGAAAAAGAAAAAGAAUCGCAAACGAAAACCGCCGAUUGAGGAGGAGGAAAAAAGGAGAGGCGUGGAUAUAAAUACUCUUGUGAGUAUUGAUAGACGAGACACCGAAAACUUGUAUGCAGCUGAGAGUACCGGGAUUGUGGCUACUAGAGGAAAGAAAAUUAAGAAGAUGAAAAGCGUGGCAAAGCCAUCUGGCGAUGAUAUGGAUGAUAUUUUUGGGGACCUCUGACGCACCUACCGUAGUGGUGAUCUCAUAUUGUGUUGCCCUAGCAACACAACAGAUCAUACAUAUGGAGUACACGUGCCGUUGAGUACGUACACUGCCAUACACUACAUUAAACUGCCAUACAUACCAAGUUAGCUGCUCCUUUGAGGCCAAGUGAGUGGCUUAUCGGGGACACGUCCGUAACAUACGGCAAAAGAACCCGUAGCUACAGAGAGAGCGGCUCCCUUGUUAUACAUGCACAACAUGCAUAACAUAUAUCUCAAAUACCAAGCGAUCUGUUUUUCUGAGGCUCAUACGCGCAUACCUCCUAGAUGUACUGCCUGGGAUUUGGAACAGACAUCUGGGCGAUGCAGGGAUUGCAUCUAUGAGAUGAGCAGAUUGACGAGGGUGAUGGUGUUGAUAAUGUAGAUGGUAACCUGUAUAUACCAUAUAGGUGUAGCUCGCGUGAUUGAACCUACGAGUUGCCUGAAUAUCAAUUCAAGCGACAUCAAAUGUGAGCACAAUCCUAGCAUUAAAUGCUACCCAUACGCAAGGAACGAUAAAGAUGAGCUCAACGCCAUCAAUGUUCUGGGCAAGCAGAACUUCGGUAUACUCAUCAACAGCACACGCGUAAGCGUGGCACGGACACGCUUGUACACAGACGUGCAAUGCACACGGGGGUAUACUGUACAAUCAAUGUUACAUAUGACAUAAUCGCAAUCUUAUGAUUUGUGAUAUCGUAGUACAACUUUCUUUCAGCGUUACAAGCUGCCUGUUAGAAACCUAUCUCGCGCUCUCGGUGACCUUGUAACCAAAGCCUGCGCGGAGUAUACAACACUUAAACGGUAACACACCCUAAACUUCC